AUGAAUCGUGGAAUUCUCAUUGCGUUCCUCCUAAUUAGUUCUCUGGUUACUGUAGAGAGUGGUCUCGGCAGAAGCUUGAAGAAGCGUCUGAAGAGCAUUGGUAGACCAUUUGAGAGGGCCGGAAAGCAAGCUGCUGAAAUUGUUGCUGCAGGCGCUAUUGCAAAAGCUGCAGUGGCGGUGGUGGGAAGGCGUAAAAGGUCUGCAGACGAGGAAAUCUAUGGGAACCUGAAAGAAAGUUCCUUGACAGGAUGGAAACCGUGGAACGAAAAAUACUAA